AUGUCUAGAUUCCACCCUCCACUACUUCUCCUUACUUUCAUUGUUAUUUUCAGAGCCUUUAAUCAAGUAACCAUUUCCUAUUCGCUUCAACAAGAACAAGUUUUGGUUUCUCCAAAUAAAUGCAAUGAAAAAUGUGGGCAUCUACAAGUAUCAUUUCCUUUUCAUUUGAACACUUCUUGUGGCAGUAUAUCACAUCAUCCGGACACUUUCCGUCUUUCUUGUUCAAAUUCAACUAAACUUCAUUUGGAUUUGGGGUCUCAGAGUUGUCGAGUUCUUAAUAUUUUGUAUGGUGGGAUUGUUGUAGAUUUUCCUGGUAUCUACUUUUGUCGCCGCUACUUUGAUGUGAAUUCCUUUGGGUUUAGUGGGAAUGAAUUUUAUGGUAUAUCUCUUGAUAAUGUACUUGGUUUAUCUGACUGUGAAGAUUCUUCAGUUUGUAAAGUAGGAUGCGAGAAAAUUACAGUGUUGGACUGUGAAAGAUCCAAUGAUGCUAUUUCUUCAACAUGUUGUUACCCGCUUUCGGAUAGAAGUGUUUGGAGAAUAGGUGAUGGAUUUUCCCGGUUUUCGAGUUUUGGAUGCAGGGGAUUUUCAAGUUGGGUGCAGGGCAAACGCGGUGUUAAAUUGGAAUGGGCACUUCCUAGAAAUUUUUCAAAGAAUGUUUGUGCUGAAAAUGGUUUCUUUGUCAAUGCUACUACAGUUAAAGAUGGAGUUAGAUGCAAAUUCCAAGAUGGGUUUAUUGGAGAUGGCUUCCGCGAUGGAGUUGGUUGCUUGAAAUCUUGUAUCAAAGAUGGGCGUGAAGUAUACGGGAGCAAUUGUAGUACCGAGCGACAUGAAAAGAAGAAAACUAUCAUUCUAGCUGGGUUUUUCAUUUCUGCAUUCAUCGUGGGAUCCAUAGCUGCACUUUACGGAAUCUCAAGAAGACCUAUUACUCUGGGAAAGUGGGACUCUGAUCCAGGAAAUGAUGACAUGAAUGUCAUAUCAUUCCUCAAAGCCUCUAAACCGCGGUUCUUUACAUAUGAGGAAUUGGAGUUGGCCACGAAAGGAUUUGAUGAUGGGCUAAAACUUGUUGAUGGAAUCAACGGGGGAACCGUUCAUGCAGGGGUUCUUAGUGAUGGAUCACACGUAGCUGUACAAAAAGUACAUUGCAAAAAUGAACAGGAUCUUACUCAAGUCUUAUCUCGAAUCGAGAUUUUAUCUUCGGUUCCACAUAAACACGUUGCUUCUAUACUGGGUUGUUGUUUUGAUACGGACCGAACACCAUUUGUUAUCUAUCAGUUCUCCACAAAUGGAACCCUGGAAGAACAUUUGAAUCACGGGGGAGACAGAAAAAGUGGUCUGGAUUGGUACCAAAGGCUAAUCAUCGCAGCUGAAACGGCUAGCACUCUUGCAUAUUUGCAGCAAGAAAUAUCUCCUCCGAUCUAUCAUUACGACCUCAAAUCCGGGAAUAUCUAUCUAGACCAAGAUUACUCGAUUAAGAUUGCUGGUUUUGGGCUAAUGAACUUCAUGGAAGGGUCUUCUUUGUGUCAUAAUGCGGAAGGAGGUAUGUUUUACCGAACUGAUGUGUAUGAUUUUGGUAUUCUUUUGCUCGAGAUAGUUGCAGGUUCAACCAAAAAUAGAGAUCUUCCAAAUGCGGCUCUAUCAAAGAUUAGAAGUAGGAAAUUAGAAGAAAUCGUUGAUCAGUCAUUAUAUUAUCAUGAACAGCCACAAUUUCGUCGAGAACAAAUGGAAACCAUCGCAGCUAGAUGUUUGUUGUUUGGUGGAGAUGGAAGGCUAAGUAUGAUGGAUGUAGCAAAGGAACUCAUUCAAAUCACUAAUGACAGUUUGGAUGGAAGUGCCAGGAGGGGACCUGCAAUUGAUGAAACUUUCUCGAAUUCGAGUCUCUUACAAAUGAUAUCAAUGUCUCCAGAUACAAGUAGAGAGAAUGAUAAUACUAGCAGACAUCAGGUCAGAAUAACUAAGAAAAAAUGGGAAAAACCUCCCCAAAACUGGCUGAAAUUAAACUUUGAUGCAGCUUUUGACAAGCAUUCUAAAUCUUGUGGUAUUGGUCUAAUUCUAAGAGACUGUGCAGGACAAUUUCUGGAGGCCAUGGUGAAAGUGACAAAUGUUAGAGAUGCUGAACAAGGGGAAGGACUAGAUCUCCUAGAAGCAGUGGAGUGGAUAAAGAGCAGAAGUUGGAGUAAAGUUAUCAUUGGAGGUGAUUGUAAAACUGUCAUUGAAGCUGUGACUUCAAAUUUUGGGAACUCAAAUUGGCAGGAUCAAUCUCCUUUCAGAUAUUAG